UCAUAGUUAGUAUAGUAAUUUGUUUUAUAUAUGUUAUUCAAAUUAGAUGUAGGGCAUAAUUGAAGUGAAAGGGGUGUUAUAGGGGUGUCGAAUGUUCGAUCAGCGUUUUAAGUCAACGCUUCAACGGAUAUCCUCCAUCAAGUUUCGACAGGUAUGGUUGACGCCCUCCACUGCGAGAAACAGGGACAUGCAGCUCACCCCAACCUGUGCUCCAGCGCUGCUGGGAAUUGUGAUUUUGCUGCUCUGUCAUCUGUCAGAAUGUCUGCAAAUGACCGUCCGCCCAGAUAAAGAUGUUACUGUGACUGUGUCAUCCUCGCUGCUCCUUUCUUUGGAACAGUGCUCCGUUUGCAAUGUCAGUGGAGGUGAAAAUGACACACAGAAAAUGUGUGACACAUCUUUGGAACUGGUUCCCGAUGAGGAUGUCACCUUGCUUUUUAACUGCACUGAACCAGUGCAAAGUGCUUUUGCCAUCCAGAUUUACAGGAAAAUUGAAUGCAGCAAGGAUUCCUGCAGCCCUGCCACAGGUGCAGCUCAGCCUUCCCUCUUCCAAGAGUUUAAUAGAACCCUUGUUUGGGGCCUAAGUGUGCCAGACAAAACAGUUUUGAGUUUGGACUUCCCUGCUGAAGGGCUGAAGGAGAUGACUGAAUCAGGGUUGUGUCAAGAUGGCUACCAGUACACUGUAAACAUGAUCAGCACUAAUGGAGGUGUUGGAAGUAAGACAUACUGCAGGAAUGGCUCUGUGACUCACCUAGAUAUACCAAGCCAAACCACAGUUUCUUUGCAAGUUCAUAACGGCCGGGAGGUAGGGUCCUCUAUAUUCACGGCCACUGCAAAACCAAUGAAGAAACAGAGCCGGAUGAUAUUGGUGACCCCAGAGCCAAAUUCUAUUGUCAUCAUCAGAACGGACAGCAAAGCCAAAGAAUGCAAUAUGUGUGUUGGGUCCACCUGCAAAUCCAGUCAACUGGAAGUUACCAGCGCCACCUCUGUGGACUUCACCUGCUCACAAGAUGUCUACAAAGUGGAGAUCAACAGGCAUAUUGAUUGCAGUAAGAUCAGCUGCAGCGGGAACAUCGUUCAGAUGGAGUCAUCCCUGUUAUUAGACUUCAACAGAACCUUCACCUGGGACCUGAAGGGCCCACCCGGCAGGUCCUUCCAGCUGGACUUCCCGUUGUCUGGGAUGAGACAGAUUCCCCCUUCAAAGACCUGUCCUGACAAUCAUACUUACACAAUAACCACGUACCAGCGAACCGGGGCUGCCACCAUCGGUGUGUUCUGCCAAGGUGACACCGUUACCACAGUCCAGGUGCUGUUCAAGGGCCGGGUUUCCCUCGAAGUUCCUGGGAACCAGAAGCUGGAACCGCUGGAAUUCAACGUCACCGUCGGACCGGAGAUUAAAAUGUUGGCUGUGCUCAAAGUUGACUUGCCUCGAGGUGUGUCAGAUACAGACUUUCUGUCAGCCAACUUCCCUAAAGAUUUCCCUGAUGACUCAGUGAUGAGGUGGGACUUCAAGGUGCCUGGCAGGCAUAACUACACAGUCAACUUCCUGAAUUACACGGACCCCCUCUGUAAGAAGCUAGGUCCAUCAGAACAAGAUCCGAAUGAAGUAAAGCUUGAAUAUCGAAAGGAAGGAGAAGUGGUGGACAUCAAGUCGACUCUGAUGGACCCACAGCCAAGACACAGUCAAGGCAGCUUCAGCAUGACCCUGUUUAACUGUAUGGUAAACAAUACCAAACCAGGCCUGUCUCUCAACUUUAGGGUCUCAGUGAUGAGAAGCAGCCAUCCAGUUGUCUGUGCUGUAAGCUCACCAGAGGACGAGGGGCUAAUCUUCAACAUUGAGAACAGUGGCUUUGACCCCGAUUGUGAGAUGAGUGAAGAUUCUGUAGUCCAGGAGAAGAUCACCAUUCUCCCAGGGACUAAAGCCAACCUUUCUUUCCUGGACUGUUCAAAUAAAGACCUACGUCUGACAGCCAGCAAAGCCAUAGGGUGCCAGAGUUUGGAUUUGUGCUCGGCGAGUGGGACUCUCACAGUCCCCGAAAUGCCAGCAUGCCUCCGAGUGCCACUCCAAAGCUUUACAUGGCAUCUCAACAUCCCAACAUAUAGCACCGUGGAUCUAUUUCCCCCCAAAGGAAGCCUUAGGCAGUCUCUUCCAGGACAGGAUUGCGACGGCAGUCUGUCUUUUCACUUGGCAGAGGGCGAUGGGUCCUCCAUUGGCUACUUCUGCUCUGAUGGCAUCAUUCGCAAAGUCCAAGUACAGUCCAAUGUCUCCAUCACUGCCACAGCAAAGGACCUUCACCGGGAAGAGCCCUUCCUCAAUGUGUCCUUUAGUGAAGAAAUCUCAGAGAGCAUCAUAUACACAGUCCAGCCCAAGAUGGGUUACCCAAACCUCCUGGCCACACCAAGCUGGCCUGACGGCAUGACGCCGCUUUCCACCGUGUCCUGGAUUGUCAUUCUGCCCAGAAACCUCCAGGCUGAACUGCUGUUCACCAACAUCAGCCAGCCAAAGUGUGGCCAGAGGCAUACACACAUCAAGGUGCUGACCCUUGACUCUCCCGAAGAGAUAUUGAGUCUCAAGGAGGAUGAAGAGGCAGUGGACAAGCUGAUCGUCCCUGAAAGCUUCUACCUCAACCUGUCCAACUGUAUGCCGGAGGAAGGAACAUUUCGUGUACUCAGCAGGGUCACUUUGCAGAAGACUAGCAAGCUGUUCCUGGGUGGCAUUGUUGGAGCUGUGGGAGCCGUGUUGCUCCUGAUGCUUAUUGUGUUGCCAGUCAUCUGCUUUAUGUUGAGAAAAAAGAAAAGAACAAUGGUCAGUGAGGCUUCCAUCUACAUGGGAAAACAGAGCAACCUCAACCCUGGCCAUGGUGUGUUCGCCAAGAGUCGGUCUGACAAUGACUCUCACGUCUACACCUCAAUCGAGGACACUAUGGUGUAUGGCCACCUGCUCCGGGAGCCCGGCUAUUUGAACGUCGUCCAGGACCACUUUGAAGGAGCACCGGUUGACAGCUACCGGACGUUCAUGGCACUCCCAGACGGAAGCCCAGAGAUCACAGAGACUCCUGCAGACGAUGUGCCUGAUAUUGAUCAUGAGAAAGACAAGUAUAGACCAUUCCUGGACACUUCAUCGUCCUUUAUGCCAUCAAGACCUCGCACUCCCAUUGACCGCCAGGAUAGCAUGGGUUUCAUGGACCGCAGAAUGGUGGACACUGAGCUGUGUACGUUCAAGAGCAUUGGGGAUAUUAAUAACAUUAGACUGUCUGGCUCAGACCAAAUCUCAGAUCCGGCACACUUAACAGAUGCAGAUGGAUGAAUUGAUUUGGCACAAGUUGGUACUGUGAGAUGGACUAUUGUAACUCAUUUCACAUACCUCCCAAGUGUUUUCAUAUCGUUCCAGUGGAGACAUGGGGGCAGAAGUGCCUUUUUUAGAACUUUCAUAAGACCAUAGGACAAAACAAUUGGACCAGCCUUUACUGGAACCUCUACCCUUUGUCUAAGCAUCUUGAAAGUGAUUUCUGAAACCCAGUACCUGGUGUGGCUCUUGUGUAUUUUAACAGUGGUGACUUGUUUUUGUGUCUGUCGUGAUUUUAAAUUGUAUUUGUUGAAUCUUCUAGUGUGUCCUUUAAUAUAAUGGUAUUUUAGAAACAUCCCCUCAACCUGCAUGUGUAUAUAUUGUUGACCUGGAUCACUGGUUUGCAGUGUAUCUAGAAGUGUUUUUUUAAUAAUUUUUAUCACAUGACUGGAUUUUGUCCCAGCAGUUCUUAUUAGACAUAACUGAACAAAAAUCCUUAGACAUUUUGUUCCAAGUAUGCAUUGCAUUAUGAAUAAAGCGGUAUCUAUGACAUAAUG